AAGAAAACUAAAGAAGGUGGAAAGAAACCUUAAAGAGUGUAGCAAGCUGAAUAGAAUACCGUACAAAAAGGACAAUUAGUGAAAAUUUGUUUAAAAUUGUUUAAUUGUGCUUAUUUUCGGCUUGAGAAACACCUGCACUUCAACGAAAACUCGCGUAGCUACUUCCACGGCAUAAAUGUAUCGAACGUACGAAAUUCUCUCGGCCAAUAGUAGUUACCAUUAAGAAUAGCAAUAGGAAACGGUCGGAAAGAAUUUUUUUCUCUUAUUCCUAUAGUCAAUUUUAACACAAAUCUCACCCAGUGUAAUUGGAUCAGUAGCUGCACGGUUUUUCCAACAAGCAUCGCCAUUGACUGGGAUUAGUGGAGGCAGACAUGUUGACUCACAAGGGCUGUCAAGGUGGACGUAAGAAAAUGCAGUGUUUUCAUUGCCAGGUGUCCUUUGUAAUACGAGAUGCAGAGGAGAAACAACACAGAAACGGUGUUAAUGCGUUGCAACUAGACCCCAACAAUGGCAAGCUCUACUCAGCUGGGCGUGAUGCUAUUAUCCGCGUAUGGAAUACGAGAACAGAGUCCACAGAGAAAUAUAUACAAUCGAUGGAGCACCACAAUGAUUGGGUUAAUGAUAUUGUGCUCUGUUGUAAUGGCAGAAAUUUGAUUAGUGCCAGCUGUGAUACCACCGUUAAAGUGUGGAAUGCCCACAAAGGCUUCUGUAUGUCAACGCUACGUACACAUCGUGACUACGUGCAAGCGCUGGCCUAUGCUAGAGAUCGCGAGCAAGUGGCAAGUGCAGGACUGGAUAAAGCGAUUUUUCUUUGGGACGUGAAUACGCUAACCGCACUGACUGCCAGCAACAACACCGUUACAACCUCUAGUCUCACCGGUUCCAAAGACUCCAUAUACAGUCUGGCUAUGAAUCCAUCAGGUACGGUUAUUGUUAGCGGCUCCACAGAGAAUAUGUUACGCAUUUGGGAUCCACGCACGUGUACACGCAGCAUGAAGUUGCGCGGUCAUACUGAAAAUGUGCGCGCGCUGGUCGUCUCACCCGAUGGCAAUCAAGUAGUCUCCGGCAGCUCAGAUGGCACAAUCAAAGUGUGGAAUCUGGGCCAGCAAAGAUGCAUACAAACGAUACACGUACACAAAGAAGGCGUUUGGGCGCUAUUGAUGAGCGAAAACUUCCAGUACGUGAUUUCAGGCAGCCGCGAUAAGAAUAUCAUUGUAACAGAGUUACGUAAUCCCAGUAACUCGGUGUUGGUGUGUGAAGAGCGAGCGCCAGUGCUUAGUCUUGGCUAUAAUAUUGAUAAGACAGGCGUGUGGGCAACAACCUGGAAUUCGGAUGUACGUUGUUGGAAAUUGCCACUCUAUGAUAAAUGCACAUUAACGUCUAGUGGUGGAAUGGAUGCGCAAUGGUCGAUAGCGUCCAAUACGGAAUUGACCUGCAUCAAAGGAGGUGCGGCCGUAAAGAAAUGCAUUGUGUUGAACGACAAACGAUACAUCGUAACAAAGGAUACGGAGGAAAAUGUUGCCAUUUAUGAUGUACUGCGUGUGAUGAAAAAAGAGGAUUUGGGUAAGGUGGACUUCGACGAGGAGCUAAAGAAACGCAAUAAACAAGUGUACAUUCCAAAUUGGUUUACGGUGGAUUUGAAAACCGGAAUGCCAACAAUCGUUUUAGGGCAGGACGAAGUAGAUUGCUUUGCAGCAUGGGUGUCUAUAGAGGCUGGACUUCCUGAAUGUGCGGAACCAACAUCGGAGACUAAGAUAAAUUAUGGGAAAUUACUACUGGAAGCGUUGCUAGAAUAUUGGACACCCCCGCAUAGUUUACCGCAAAGCGAGUUGGAACCUGACAGCCACGGCAACGGUUACUUUCAAGUACCCAAACAUACGCCAGUUAUCUUUAGUGAGGUUGGUGGUCGUACAGUCUGUCGUCUUCUAGUACGCGAUGCAGCUGGUGAGAGUGAGAGCACAUUAUUGCAUGAAACCGUGCCACAAUGGGUCACAGAUGUGGUGAUUGAAAAAACUAUACCGAAAUUUUUGAAAAUUCCCUUCUUCCUGCAGCCACAUCCACAAAUGAUUAAGCCUGAACGUACCAAAAAGGAUCGCCUAGUUGCCAACGAGUUUAUACAGUGCCGAAAGGUGUGCGAACAUGUGCUGGAAAAGGUACUCGGUGCAGAGACAACGCCCAGUGGUGGUGGCAAUGCCUCGAAUUCCUCGCAAAAUAGUCAAAGCGAUGCGAAUUCCGAAGGCUCGCAAGUACCUGCAGAAGAUAGAAUUGAGUUAUGGUGCAACGAUGUUGUGGUGGAUCCGAACAUGGAUUUGCGCACAGUGCGUCACUUCAUUUGGAAACAGUCGACUGAUUUGACUUUCCAAUAUAAGACAAAGCCAAAUUUUAGCUACGAUGGUAAACUAUGAACAUACAACACAGUUGAAAUACCAACACACCAACAGAUGCAACCACAUAAUUACAUAGAGCAAACGCUUACCCGCAUAUAUACACGCAGCUACUUAAUACACCUACCAUUCUUUACGUUGUGCACGCGAGAGAUAACGCAAAUUUUUCAAACGUAUCAUCGAAAGUCGUGGGAUAUAAAACAUGCCGUGCUGGACGCAUAUACAAUGCCAAUAAUAGUUUAGCAUGAGUGCAAGCGUGGUUUGUAUAGCGGUAAAUCUGUACAACAAAAUAUGCGUCAGGGCUUCAGUUCAGCGCACGCGUGGCGAAUUUUUUUGUGAUGUUUCGUCAGAAGUCGACAAUUUGUAUUUGGUUGUUGGUUGAUGCCCCAAAGAAAACUGGACGUGUUCGAUCAAACAAAAUUAUAGAUCUUUUUAAGUUGUUUUUGAUAAGUUGUGCAUAGGCACACCUUUAAAACGCCGGUAUGUUGUGGGUACUGCCGUCUACGGGCUAUGUUUAUGUGUUAGUGCGCUAAACACAUCCAUAAUUUUCGACAAAUGCGUUGUUCAAGAUUGUAUAAAAGUUUUUUUUUUUUUUUUGGUGUAUUUUUAGCUUGCUUAAAAUACGUUCAACUAAUUUGGGAUUGUUUUUUUUUUUUCUUUUUUUUUGUGAUAUCUGCGUUAAAUCUUUUACACCUCUUUACAAAAGGCGCAUUUAAUUGUAUGCGUAGUUACCAGUAAUUUUAUUUUGCUGUAACGAUAAGUGUUUUGUAGCGCGUAAAAGCGCUUAGUUUUCUGAAAAAAUGUUUAAUUUUUAGCAGUAGAAACCCUUGAAAUGCGCAUUGUACAACAUUGGUAGUGUUCAUAAUGGCCCAGCUCUUUUGUGUUUUGCUUGUUAAGUUGUAUCGUAUUAUGUAUUCAAAUCUGUGGUUUAGCUUUUCAUUGAAAUCGAGUCUUGCGCUCGGCUUGGUUAUUGUUUAUACAUAUAUUGUACGGAUUUAGCAACAUAUAAGAUAUUAGUCUUUGAUAAAUUAUCUAAAUAAUACAUACAUACGUAUUUAUGCAUAAAAUGUACGUGGCGCGUAUUAUCUACAAGUUAUUUACUUUAACAUAAGUUUAAUGCUAUUCUAUACGAAAUUAUUAUAUAUUAAAAAAAAAAAAACAUAAUAAAAAAAAUAAAUAAUUAUAAUAUAAAAUACGAAAUCAAAAAUCUAGCUAAUAUAGCAGCAACUAUUAUAAAAUUACAAUACAUUAAAUUAUAAAGAAAUUGAAAUUUCACACAAGGAAUAUAAGAAGUAAUUGCAUUAAAGCCAAUAAACUGACAAAUUUGUAUAUAAGCCAUA